AUGGUCGGCUCGGACGAAGCUCCCAGACUGUUCGAAACGGAGGAAUUGUGGCAUAGUCGCACCGUUGGAUACGCAGAUACAGCCUACGCGCCCCAGCUUGUAAAGGAUGAGGUCAGAGCCCUUGGUGUUGAAGUCAGAGAAGUAGACGUACGAAGGAUUCUAACGGAUGAUGACGGGAGUUGCCGAGGCGUUGAAGUCGACGCAGAAGUGCCAUACGAGCUGCUCGCCGACAAAUUUAUCGUGUCCGUGGGUCCAUGGAUACCACAGCUUCUCGAAGCAUCCAAAAUACCGUUCCCCGAUGGAAUCCUUAGGAUUAUCGGACUGGUUGUGGGCAUUCUUCGACUAACUGAUACUGAUAUGAAGACAUUGAACAUGGACAUGCCAAUGUCUGUUGGGGAUGAAGGAGAGGUGAUAGUAUCGAAACGACACAACCUUUUGAAGUUGACGACACCACGCACGUUUGAGGUGGAGAGCAUAAAUAAACUUCACGAUCAUCCGAUGGCACGCGAGGCCAGUACAAACAUUGCUGUUUUGCACAAGUGGCUUCCACAGUUCGAAAAUAGAGAUAUAGAAAGUUGGGUUUGUCCUGAUCUUCUCACCGUUGAUAGACGUUUCGUUAUAGACGAAGUCCCAGGCACCAAGAAUCUGAUUGCUGGAAGUUUUCAUUCAGCCAAGUUUUUUCCGAAUUUUGGAAGUUUGGUUCAACGAUAUCUUGGGAAGGGGGAGCCAAAUGCAUUGUUUGAUGAACUAUUGAGAGGAUGUAAGUGGGAAAGACCUCACGAAGUACAACACGUUCAUCCUGGGGGUCAUUCCAAAACCUGCGAAGGAUUGAGCAUGUUUAUUUUAACAUAA